GGAGUGGUCGGCGGCGUGUUGAUCGUCACGCCCAACAACAUCAUGUUCGAUCCCCACAAGUCGGACCCGGUGGUGAUCGAGCACGGCUGUGAGGAGUACGGCCUCAUCUGCCCCAUGGAGGAGGUCGUCUCCGUGGCGCUGUACGACGACGUGUCGCGCAUGAAGCUCAAAGACACUCUGCCAUCGCCCGGCGAGUGGGAGCAGCUGCCGUCAGAGAGGGAGCUCAAUCCCUUCAGCCGCUACGAAGCCAUGGAUCCCAAACGGGCGAUCGUUUUGGAUGACAUCGAAUCGGCCCUGUCCGAAAUCGGGAAUGCGGAGAAUGAUCAGUCGGACAAGUCUCCAUCAGAUGAAGGCUUUACAGAGCUGGAGCCCACCAUCAACGGGAGCACCGAGGAGAGAGAGGGGGCGUCCUGCCUUACUCUCCAAGGAGAGCCCCAUCUGGGCAAAGGAGCAUCACCCGCCGCCAAAGAAGGAGAGGAGGAGGAAACGGAGGGCGAGCAGGAGAUCCAAGAGUAUGGGCAGACGCAACUUAGUGAGGGCGAUGAUAUUGACGGUGUACCUCAGCGAUGGGGAGCAGGCCGUGUCUGAGGUGCCCAUCACUCCCGAGACCACGUGCCGCGACGUGGUCGAGUUCUGCAAAGAGCCCGGCGAGAGCGGCUGUCACCUGGCCGAGGUCUGGAGAGGCAACGAGCGAGCGAUCCCCUUUGAGCACAUGAUGUAUGAACACCUGCAGAAGUGGGGACCUCGGAAGCAAGAGGUCAAGUUCUUUCUGCGGCACGAGGAUUCACCCACGGAGAGCAGCGAUCAAGGGAGUCAGCAAUCUCAGGACCAGACGAGUCGGAGGAGUGGAAACACAGGAGAGAAGCACAAUGAGAACGGGGUGGGGAGCCAGCGUGUGGAGCUCACCCUGUCGGAGCUGCAGGAGAUGGCCACGAGGCAACAGCAACAAAUCGAGGCUCAGCAGCAGAUGCUUGUUGCGAAGGAGCAACGUUUGCGUUACCUGAAGCAGCAGGAGCGGCGCCAGCAGCAGGCCGUGUCUGAGAGCGAGAAGCUGCAGCGGCUAAAAGAGCGCGUUGAGAGCCAGGAGGCCAAGCUGAAGAAAAUCCGGGCAAUGAGGGGACAGGUGGACUACAGCAAGGUCAUCAAUGGCAACCUGUCUGCAGAGAUCGAACAAGUGAGCAGCCUGUUCCAAGAAAAGCAGACGGAGUUGCAGGCUGCGGUUCUGAGGGUGGAGCAGCUCAGCCUGCAGCUGGAGGACCUGCGGAGAGGAAAGCUCAACGGCAUCCAGACCACACUGGGCGGCCAAGUCACUGGCGCCGCAGCGCUAGAGCUUCGCAAACUCUACCAGGAGCUUCAGAUACGGAACAAGUUGAACCAAGAGCAGAACAGCAAGCUGCAGCAACAGAAGGAGCUUCUGAACAAGCGCAACAUGGAAGUGACGCUCAUGGACAAGCGCAUCAGCGAGCUGCGGGAACGCCUCUACAAGAAAAAAGCUGAGGCACGUCAAAAAGAGAACCUUCCUCUGAACAGAGCCAACGGGCCGCCCUCCCCCCAGCCGGCCCCUGGCACUCUGGGCCGCGUCGCUGCCGUCGGGCCCUACAUCCAGGUUCCUGUGCCGGGUCGGCAGGACGGGGGCUACACCCUCCCGCCAGAUCCGCUCAAGCCUCAGACGCUGGGUGUCAAUAACCAAGCCAACCACGGCCGCGCCAAAUCAGACGGUGUGCGAAAGCCUCCCGGCCCUUGGAAAGUGUCUGAUUUAGACAUCGUUGUGGACCCGGUACCCCCAACACUUCCAGAGUCCCACCCGGGCCCUGGAGCCACCACUGGCUCUGACGGCACGUCUCCUAAUGACACCGGCUGGCCUCCUGUUGGUAAGACCAACGCCACCCUAAAGCCUCCUGAGAGACGAGACUCAGGGACCGAUACCCAGGGCAAGAGCCCUCCCUCAGGCUCCCCCGUCGCUCAAAGCGCAGAAAAGGUGCUAGAUUCCAAACUGGGGGUGUCCUCCCCCGCCAUAUCCAAGCCACAGCCUCCGCCGUACGGAUCCCACCUCACCUCCGCCAGCUCAGCCAGCUCCUUGGAGCGCCGCAAAGACGCGCCUCCUCCCCCCCGCCCGCUGCCCAACCCCCCCGCCCCCGCGUGGCCCCGCGUGGCCCCCUCCACCGGCUCGUCCUCCCAGCAGAUCCAGCAGCGCAUCUCGGUGCCGCCGAGCCCCACCUUCCAGCCCAACGCGCCGCUCUUCCCCCCGGGGCUGAGCGAGCGGCUGGACCCCCCGCCGGCCGUGGCGGUGCGCCCCUUCAUCCCGGACAGAGGGUCGCGGCCGCAGUCGCCCCGCAAGGGCCCGCCCACCAUGAACUCCAGCUCCAUCUAUCACAUGUACCUCCAGCAGGCGGCGCCAAAGAGCCAGCCCCUCAAGCCUGCGCUGAAAGCAGUGUAUGGGAAGCCCGUUCUCCCCUCCAGCUCGACGCCCCCCUCGCCGCUGCCGUUCGUCCAGGCCGGAGGAGCCUUCCCGCUGCUCCAGCCCAGCAGCGAAGACUGUUUAGACGGGGACUUCGAGGACCACGAGGGCUUCCAGCACUUGGAGCCAUCAGCGCCCCCCCCCAGCGUGGAGAACAUCCCGCGGCCGCUCAGCCCCACGAAGCUGACGCCCAUGGUGCACUCUCCGCUGCGCUACCAGAGCGACGCCGACCUGGAGGUUCUCCGGAAAAAGCUGGCCAACGCGCCGCGGCCGCUGAAGAAGCGCAGCUCCAUCACGGAGCCGGAGGGCCCCAGCGGGCCCAACAUCCAGAAGCUGCUCUACCAGAGAUUCAACACUCUGGCGGGAGGCAUCGAGGGCAACGGCGUGGGCGGGUCCGGAGGCGGCAACGGCGCAGGGAACGGCACGCCAUUCUACCAGCCGGCCAAUCCCCCCGGGUAUCUGGGCGGAGACCCUCUGGCGGACACAGACAAUGGCAACCUCCUCUUGGAGACGCCGCUAGCGCCGCCGCCGGGCGAGGAGGAGGCGGGGUCCGAGGCCUCGCCCAACCUCACCGACGCCAACGACAACGACCCGGCGGCGGCUUCAGCGGAAGGCCGGGGGGAUCUCGCAGAGGCCGAGGGGCCGGAGGACGACAACAACAACACCCUGGGGGGCCCCGAAGCAUCUCUGCCCAGCCCCGUGCUGGAAGCCAGCACUCCGGAGGAGAGCGGCACCGCGGCCUCGCAAGCACUGGAGAAGCGCACAAACCUCAAGAAGCCCAACUCGGAGCGCACCGGCCACGGCUUCAGGGUGAAGUUCAACCCUCUGGCUCUCCUGCUGGACGCCUCGCUGGAGGGAGAGUUCGACCUGGUCCAGAGAAUCAUCUAUGAGGUGGAGAAUCCCAGCACUCCCAACGACGAGGGCAUCACUCCUCUGCACAACGCCGUGUGUGCGGGGCAUCACCACAUCGUCAAGUUCCUGCUGGAUUUCGGCGUGAACGUCAACGCUGCAGACAGCGACGGCUGGACGCCCCUUCACUGCGCCGCAUCCUGCAACAGUGUUCAUCUCUGCAAGUUGUUGGUCGAGUCGGGGGCGGCCAUCUUCGCCAGCACCAUCAGCGACGUGGAGACUGCUGCAGAUAAAUGCGAGGAGAUGGAGGAGGGUUAUAUCCAGUGUUCUCAGUUUUUAUAUGGCGUUCAGGAGAAGCUCGGCGUGAUGAACAAAGGCACGGUGUACGCCCUGUGGGACUACGAGGCCCAGAGUGCGGACGAGCUGUCAUUCAGCGAGGGAGACGCCAUCACCAUCCUGCGGCGGCAGGACGACAGCGAGACAGAGUGGUGGUGGGCGCGGCUGGAGGACAACGAAGGCUACGUGCCCCGCAACCUGCUGGGGCUCUAUCCAAGAAUCAAACCUCGCCAGCGCUCGCUGGCCUGAUGUCGCUCUCCGCUGGUCUGCGGCCGACCACUGGACUUUGUGACACACAGAAGAGCAGAGAACAAAGAAAAAAACAAAAAAAAAAAGGAGGAGCCCGGUGCUCUUUCUGAUUCCUGUGGCCAUAACCUCUCCCCUCCCUCCCUCCCUCCCUCGUGCUUCUCACAAAAAUCCUUCUCUGAAGCACCAGGCACAAAAUUCCGACACGCAUAUUUAACAUCUGCACACACCACACACGCACACACACAGACACGACGAAACGAAAGCACUCCAAAGCUAUUGAAUUGACUCCAUGCUGACCCCCCCCCCCCAUCAUGCUCCCUACCGAUCGCCCCUGUCAUGGUCCCGACUCGAUUCCCCGCCCCCCCGGUUCAGUGCCAGCUCGGUCAGACGUUAAUACUUGUGUCAGUAUUUCUCACAGUGUUCACAACUCUUCCCUGAUGACGCUGGUUUACAUGACACUGUCCGCUAACUGGAAGUUCGCCUGUAGGGAUGAAAAGUUGCUGAUUUAUUGUCAGUGAAAUGUAAUUUGAGUUAUCGGACGCAAAGUAUUUUUUUAAAGCUAAUUUGACCCUAACGAUAGGAGGGAAGAUGCAGAAAAAAAUGUGCUCUCACUCUAACCUGACCACCAAAGAUGAAUGGAAACUUAACAGGUGUAAUUCUAUUGCUUCCUAAAGUUCAAGGAUAAUCAGUUGAUCUGCUGCUAGGAGUUGAGUUAUGACUAAAGUUCCUCUGGAUAUAGUCAUGAAGCAGAAAAUACAUAUUUUUAAGGAGGAAAUAGACAAAUGGUAUAAAUCUAAAGUAUUUAAAAUGCACUGGCCAGUCUAAAAGAAAUUGAAAAAAAAUCCCACUGUAUUAAUGACUAUAGAUCGAUAGCUCACUCAUUGUCAUAAAUUGCAUUUCACCAACAUCAUUGCAAGAUGUGAUUUUUCAUUUUGAUGUCAUCUGUUCAGAAUCUGGAUGCAGGAUAUUUGUGGAUGUGUGGCAAGAACAUUAAUAAAGCUUAAGUGAGCCUUUGGACAAUA